GUAUAGAAAACCAAUUCUGUUCUGACUAUUUCAAAAUGUGUCGAGAGUGUGCAGAUAUUGUCAUGGACUGUAGAACGAAAACUCAGCCUUUGGAAUGUUCUGACUAUUGUAUUUCUUACAAGGUUGGACUAGAACUAAAAAGAAUGAGAGCAACAACGUGCGCGCUUCCCAGCAAUAUUUCUAAUGGUUUUGUACACCCUCAUUCAAACGCAAGUACACAUAUCGCUAUAAACACAACAGUGACAAUCAGCUGUAAAGAGGGAUUCUCCUUACAUGGAGUUAAAACAAAGACGUGUCUUGGAGAUGACAAAUGGACAAAAGGAGAAUUCCCAUAUUGUCUUCACAAUUCUUACAUUUUAAACCUUUGGAAAAUAUAUCAGCGCCGGAUAAACAAACAACGGAUGGUGUCGCUUACCUCGCCUGCAAAGUCUUACUCAUCUGUGAAAAGUGGAACAGAUUCGUUUGAACAGAAUGAAUUUUGCACAUUGAUAGAUAAUGAGACAUUAACACAAAAUCAACAAGAAGAUGCAGAAGAAGAAACUGAAAAGAAGGCGGAAUAUCUGACCUAUACCGAAGCUGAAGGUUCCAGUCAGUCAUCAAAUGCCGUUCCAUCGAAGCCACCAACUGACUUAAACCCUGAUAGCUAUCAAGGCAUGAGUAGCAAUCCUGUUGUAAACAAUACGGUAACUGUCUCAUUGCAUCUUAUCAACGAGCGGGAAAGCACCACACAACAUCAGGCUGAUCAAAGUAAAUAUAAAGAGGAAAAACGUGCGGACAGGAGAGACAAUAAAUCCGAAGAAAAACAACCGAAAGAAAAUUUGGCAGCUGACAAAACGCCAGUCAAAGAAUCACAAGAAACAGUUCAGGCAUUGCAAGAAACGCAGAAAGGAAUACCAAGUGAAGAUGCCAAACCACUUCACCUCCAAAAUGAGAAUGACUUUGCACGAAACGAGCCAAAUUUGGUUGGCUAUCAGGACCGAGCUUUUGCUGCAACUGGCUCACGUACUAAGCAAGUGCCAUGCCCGAUAACCUAAACAUGAGACUGGAAGCUCGAUUCGCUGACUGUAGGAUUAUAUUCCACGGCGUUGAGAACAAGUCCACAUCAAACCCUUAUCUGUUUUAUGCGAGACAAUAGAGCAUGAUAAUGCUUUAAAGAGCAAAAGCGGAUGUAGAUGAUAGAGCCGAGAUGACAAUUUCUUCACGCUUUUCAUUAUUGUUAUUCUUUAUGUCUCCGAAUAAGCGUAUCACAUAUGUUAUCGCCUACUGGCAGGACGAAUUGCUUUUACAGUUCAUUUAACAGCUACUGGGAGAUUUCAAUGAUUCAUCUUUGAUUCAUGAAAAUCAUUUAUUUAACCAUUUGUAACAUUUUCUUAGCAGAAUAAAUAUGUCAUUAAAGGUGUAUUUGAUAUUUUGGAAACCCUUUGUGUGAUCCCUGUUAUGUUGAUAAUCUUAUUUUUAGUAUUGUAAUUAUGAAGAUUUUUGUUUGAAUAUAAUUAUGAUUGCACCCUUUGAAAUAAACAUUCUUU